CACCUACUUUUCGCUUUCGUAACGCUGCUGCGGGCCAUGUCUAUUUCAUUAUACCCUCUGGCAUCUUUGGCGCAGAUAGAACAGACUCCCUCACGUCAAGAUGGAAUACCACCUAACCUGGAAGAAGACCUACGCGCUUAUGGAUGCAAACUCAUCCACCAAGCAGGAAUAUUACUUAAACAGUGCGUGCCGUUACCUCCUCUCAUUCGUUUUGUGGUUUAUCGCGCUAUGUAUAGGAAACAAGUAGCAGUUGCGACUGCACAGAUAUUAUUCCAGAGAUUCUGGUUCGUAACAUCAAUGAAACAAUUCGGAAUCGGGGAUGUCGGAAUGGGUGCCCUUUACUUGGCUUCAAAGCUAGAAGAAUGCCCUAUACGAAUGCGUGAUCUUAUCAACGUCUACGACCUGCUCCUACAACGCGCAGCUUAUACAACGUCACCAAAGACUUUAAAGAGCAUUGAAUUCAAAUACACGCCAAUGACGUACUUUGGGUCCUCAUUCUACGAUAUGAAGGAUGCGCUGGUCGUAGCAGAGAUGCAGAUACUCAAACGACUUGGCUUUCACGUCAACGUCGUUCUACCUUACGGGACCUUGGUAAAUUACUUGAGAGUGCUCGGCCUCACAAGUAAAGAGAAUGUCUGCACGCGGGCGUGGGGAUAUCUCAAUGAUGCUUUGCAGACGCCGGUAUAUGCAUUAUAUGCGGUUCCAACAAUUGUUUGUGCGGCCAUCCUGCUAGCAACAAGACAUCUCCGUGUUCCCCUUCCGUCGCAACCUCCCAACUGCUGGUGGGAGCUUUUCGAUGCUGACUGGGAAGACGUGUGGAGCGUCUGCGGCUAUAUCAUGCGCCUCUAUCGAGACCGUGAUCCGGAUGAACAGAAGCGAUUGUUCACAAUGGUAUCAAAGAAAGGAGUUCGGAAAUGGCUAGAAGAUAAUGGACCACAGUUAGUAGAAAGUUGACCUGUAUUUGUCAUUUGUUGCUGUUACUUUUCUCUAUCUACGGUACAAAUUAAUAAAUGGGGUUCCUAAUACAUGGAGAAUCCCGCUUAUGGUUCAGUUAGG